CAACAGAUUCACUGUGUACUGCAUCAGCUGAGUGAUUCAUGUGGAUAAUGCUGCUUCUGCCGUCAACUUGUUUGAGGACCAGGACUUUAUCGUUGGUCAUCGCUAGCCGUAGUUUAUCCAAUCAGUUGAUCCAGAUCGAUCAACAUCAUGUUCGCGAGCGACAAGUUCGUGUUUGUCGACGUUUUGGUCAGAAUAAUUGGCUGUUGAGACCUUGGUUUCUUCGUUACAUACCUCGAGAUGGCUACCCGAUUAAUGUUCGUUACGUGGAUACCGAUCCCGACAACAAUGCAAACCGACCGGUGAUUGUGCUGCUACACGGAACCCCGGGCAGUUAUUAUGAUUAUUUUCGUUUUAUUGCUGAUUUUGGUGAUCGAUAUCGAUGUAUAGUGCCUAACUUUCCCGAUUUCACCCACACCAUUCAAAGUGGUGGCUGUUUUUGGCAUUCGGCUGAAGAAAAAUCAGAAUUCGUUGCCGAUUUGUUGGCAGAUUUGAAAAUUAGCCAUGUUCAUUGUUUAGUAGCGCAUUCAUUGUCUGUUUAUACGGCAUCCUACCUAUGGAUUUAUGCUAAUCAAAAGCCUUAUUUCGAUCUUGAUUCGAUAUGUUUGAUUAGUCCGGCCGGACGAUUUCGUUACCGGAGGCGACAUCGUAUUCGAAUGCGAUUACUCAGUCAAAUGUGCCGAAUGUUAUGGUUGCGGAAAAUGAUUCCCCGAACGUGGUUGGCCAAUCGAUCGGCAGUAACACCUUUGUUGUCUUCGACCAACAUGCUGGCCAAUAGAAACAUUGCCAUGUGGAAAACAUUGACUGAAAAUCUGUCCAACUAUGAUAGCUAUCACUUGCGAUUGCGAGUAUUGGCCAAUAAUCUUCAAUUGCCAACACUAUUCAUAUACAGUUCGAAUGAUAAACUUUAUCCUGCCGAUCUGUACUAUGAACAACUCUAUGAAUUGCAAAUAACUGGCGAUGAAUUUGAUAAAUAUGAACAUUAUGAAAAUCGUUUGGUACAAGUUGCUGCCGACCAUCACGAUCGUUGGAUACGGGUAGUUGAUUUUAGUGGCGGUGGACACUAUCUUCAUAACACACAUAGCUAUCUUAUUCAUUCCUACAUCGAUGAACUGCUCAACAAUAUCACUUGAACACACACAAUCAAAUGCCGAAAAGGAAAAGAUAACCAUUAUUUAUUGUUUAAUCAAUGAAAUAUAAUAUUAAAU